UCUACUUCCACUAUAUUAAACUGUCGACAAAAUGUAAAUAAAGGUAAGAUGUUUUGGUUUUCAUAUUUAAAGAAAGCUUAAUUUUUAAAAAAAAAGAAAAUUAGGACAAACGGCUGAAAAAAUCUGAUGUGUUGAAAACUUUUCUAAGUUUAUUUUAACUAUCCUUUUUGUGAAAUACUUGUUGUAAUUAAGAUUACGUAUGACACGUCUUUGCCACCUGGAAUGACAAAAUAAACAUUUACUCUAUUGACAUUGCCUAUGCUAAGAUGCCUGAUCGUUCUGUCGAGUGUUUUCCGGAAGAUAAUGGCUGAGUUUAGUACUCUAACUUCAUUUUAUUUAAAUAAGUACCUUAGUACUUUAUAAUGUUUAGCCGAUUCACAAAUGCGUUAUAUAGUGCGGUGGAUGCCUUGGCACCGCCGCACUUAUUACAUGAAGACUUCGUUUGGCACUGGAAAUCUAUAACAAGAUUCUAUACUGGAAAAAGUGCAUCGAAUUCAGUGCCGAUUGAAUCAACUUCCAUACCUGCUCAUUUAAAAGAAAUGCUUUCAAUCCUUGAACAAGAAGAAAAAGAAAUAGAGCUGGGAAAUAUCGGACCUUGUAUGGAAUACAUGAUGCAACAUAAACUCCUGGAUACCAUGUGCGUGCUGGCAACAUCUGAUUCACCUCCUGGUAUGAAGCAAUGCAUGUUUGCGUUUAUCACAAAAUCGCUUAACAUAAUACAACAGUCAUUAAUACCUCAUGUGAGCAUAUGUGUUCCUAUUCAGACUUUUAUAAAACUUUGUGGUGAGGUGGUUGCCAGUCCUACUGAAACGGAAGAAAUGGAAUUCUUGUCUUCAAUUUGUAAUAUUAUUCAGGAAAACCCACAUAUGUACAAUAGCUUUUUUUUAGGGGACACCGGGCCUGCGUCACGUAGAAACUCGUCCGUCUCUUCCUCCUCUAGUGAUAGUAAAGAAGAAAAAAACGAAUAUGUCUUGAUAGCUUCUCUGUUAAAACUUUACGGAAGUCCAGAUAACAAUAUCUCCAACAAAGCAAAGGAAUGCAUUAAAACUUUAUGCUCAGGUGCUAAUGAUACAAUAUCAUUUUCUAUCGUUCAAUCAACCAGUCUUAGUCGUGUGCUUUGUUCCAGUAUGAUAGCGUUUUACAAAAAUAUGCCCGUCACCAUCAAAAUUCAAGACCUUGAAAAUCCUAUUUUUGAAGAAGAAGAAGGUGUUAAAAUAUCUCCAGACAUGCGCAAAUAUUUGUGCUACUUGCAGCAUCUAAAUUUCAUCGAUACUGUUUGUGAAACGGCACAUCCUUUGAUAAGUGACGAUAUUUGCACGCACUUUAAAACCGAAUUUCUCGAUAGUUGCAUCUAUCCUUCCAUUAUAGAAAAUGAAAACAUUGAUAAUUUGUUAUAUGUUACUACCCUGGUUUCUUGUUCUAUCAGAGCAAUUAAAAGUCCUAAACUUAUUGAUUCAUUUGCUAGACAUUUACUCGAUGACGAUAUUAUACAGGAUGUUGAUUUAGCUGAAAGUUACAAAUUGACGUUAAAGGAUAUUCUGAUCGAAAGAUGCAACAAUUGCAAAGCGGAUGUUGCCCUAGCCAUUUGUACUUUACAACUUUUUGAAGAACUGUUGAUUAAACCCACCCAAUUCAUCCUUAACAACCUAGUGUUGAAAUAUAUAACAAGUCGGGGAUAUUACGACCACACGGCUUCUGAUAGCUGGUUUCAAUUUUCAGAUGACGAUGCUUGUAGCAGAUAUAGUGAUGAUGUUUCUGAAGAAUCAGGCCCGUCAUCUAAAUUAUACGUUAAUAGAAUUAUCGAAGCUUUUAUAGCCUUAUUACCCGAUGAUAUAAAAUCUUGUGAGUCCGAUGAAGAAUCUGGUUAUGAGACGUACAUCAAAGAGGCUCACAAUAGAUUCAUACAGUGCCUUAUUGUGUGUGAAAAUUUUGAUUGGCCAGCAAAUUUUCCAGAAAAAGAGGAAAACCAUAAUGGUACGGAGGACGAUUCCAGUUCUGAGUCGCAACCAGAAGCAGAUUCUGCUCGGUGGAAUUUUUAUGAAGGACCUUUUUUAAGAAUGAUUUUCGACAAACUGGAACAAAUGUUGUCCCAGCCUUAUGAGAUUAAUUUGCAACUGACUGCGAUUGUUUCCCGUUUGGCACUAUUUGCAAACCCUCAUAUACAUGAAUAUUUUUUAAACCCGCUGAUUCCUUAUGUUCCUGGUGUUCGAACUCUCUUUACUGUGUUGUUUAAACUGUCUGAAGAUAUUCAGAAGGACGUGUCAAGUAUUGGAGGCUUUAAAACAAAAUUAAAAUUGACUCGUAAUGCAUUAUUAAGUGAUGGUAAUGAAUAUGCGACUUUUGAGGAAUCAAAUGUGUUGGAGGCUUUAAUAGUAUUUGAAGAAUUCUGCAAAGAACUAGCUGCCAUAACUUUUGUUAAAUAUCAUGCUGUGUAACACAUUGUAACUUUCUAAUUUUGAAACAUAUUAUGAUUUAAAUUUUAAUGAU